AUGACGUGCAUUUCCAUGAUAACUGUAAAACCCCCGGUCUGCUUGCGGGCUCUCCGGCACCGGGCCCCUCCGGGAGCCCGCUCCCACACGGAGGACGCGCCGGCCCUCGCCAGGCCCCUCCGGGAAGGAGGCGGACCCAACUGGGCCGGGCCGGGCCCCCGAGGGAGGGAAGGCCGUGCCGGGUCGACGUGGCAGUCGGCGCUGAGCACGCUGAACCCCAACCCCACCGACAGCUGCCCGCUCUACCUGAACUACGCCACGGUGGCCGCCCUGCCCUCCCGCGUCAGCCGCCACAACAGCCCCUCGGCCGCACAGUUCAUCACCCGCCUGGUCAGAAACUGCCUCCCUGGGGGGGCCAGCAGGUGUAUCCUGAUGGUCUGUGAGCGCUCUGAGGUCUUUGCUUCUGCCUGUGCCCUGGCCAGGGCUUUCCCCCUCUUCACACAUCGGUCCAGUGCGUCGAGACGCACAGAGAAGAAAACUGUAACGGUAGAGUUUUUCCUGGUUGGACAAAACAAUGGACCAAUAGAAGUUGCAACACUUAAAUGUCUGGCAAGUGCCACAGAAGGGGUCAGGCUGGCUGCUCGGAUCGUGGAUACCCCCUGCAACGAGAUGAACACCGAUAACUUCCUGGAGGAAAUCAAAAAAGUUGGCAAGGAUCUUGGGAUUACUCCUACCAUUAUUCGAGAUGAGGAGCUGAAAGAGAAAGGCUUUGGAGGUAUCUAUGGAGUUGGCAAGGCAGCCCUGCACCCGCCAGCCCUCGCAGUGCUCAGCCACACUCCGGAUGGUGCCACGCAGACCAUCGCCUGGGUGGGCAAAGGCAUCGUGUAUGACACGGGGGGACUCAGCAUUAAGGGAAAGACUACUAUGCCUGGAAUGAAACGAGACUGUGGUGGAGCAGCUGCUAUUUUGGGUGCCUUCAAAGCCACUGUAAAGCAAGGUUUUAAAGACAAUCUUCACGCUGUUUUCUGUUUGGCCGAGAAUGCCGUCGGACCACGCGCAACAAGACCUGACGACAUUCAUGUUCUUUACUCUGGAAAAACCGUGGAGAUCAAUAACACCGAUGCAGAGGGCAGACUGAUACUGGCUGACGGCGUCGCUUACGCCUGCAAGGACCUCGGUGCUGAUAUCAUUCUUGACAUGGCCACUCUCACCGGAGCUCAGGGAAUUGCUACGGGGAAGUAUCACGCUGCUGUCCUCACCAAUAACGAGGAGUGGGAAAAGGCCUGUGUUAAAGCUGGCAGGAACUGUGGAGACUUGGUCCAUCCUCUUGUGUAUUGCCCUGAGCUCCACUUCAGUGAAUUUACCUCUGCUGUGGCUGAUAUGAAGAACUCUGUGGCAGACCGAGACAACACUCCCAGCUCCUGUGCUGGGCUCUUCAUUGCUUCUCACAUCGGCUUCGACUGGCCCGGGGUGUGGGUGCACGUCGACAUCGCUGCGCCUGUGCACGCGGGUGAGCGAGCUACUGGCUACGGCGUGGCUUUGUUGCUGUCCCUGUUUGGGGGGGCGUCGGAAGACCCUUUGCUGAACAUGGUGUCCCCUCUGGGGUGUGACGGGGACUCUCCUGCCGAGGACAUGGAGAGGGACUCCAAACGGCGGCGCCUGGUGUGACGCCCCCAGCCUGAGGGGGUGCCUGGGUUACCUCACUUUGCACUGAUUCCUUCUCAAGCAAUGAAAAUGUCAUGUCAGAAAUUGCCAUUUUUUUUACUAUCAUGAUAAGAUUUAUUACUUGUUUCUGAUAAAACCAGCCUGAUUUUUUUUUUUUUUUUUUUUAAAUUAUUGGUGCAGCCAGUUGCUGAACAAUAUUUGUGGUACAGAGUCCAGGCUCAAGAAACCGUAUCAGGAAGAGGGACAUCCUCUGAGCUCCUCACAAACCCUAACUAAGUGCAUUAAUGCAUGAGAAGCUCUCUCUAGUCUGAAGAAGCAACUGCAGCUAUUGCUUACAAAGCCUUCGGAAUUACUUACUACAUGUGAGGUUUUAUCAGACGUUUCUGCAGGCCCCACUACAUCUCAGAACACAGGACGAGUCAAAAAAAACCUCUGUAGAUGUGGCUUGUUCAGUGACGGUUUAGCUUAGCAGCAAAGGAGAUGUAAUGAGAAAAGGCCUAUAGUUUGAAUAAGGUGCUGUUUUCGCAUGUUUAAUGUUUUUCUGACCAGUAAAAUCAGCGAGAGUCAUCCAGGACAUAUCUGUACUUAAUUCUUUCACAUACAAAUGACAGAAUGUAUUCAUGUUAAAGGAGGAAAAAAAUAGAAGGACUGUGAUUGAGUAAAAUCAGUUUACAAAGCUGAGUGGCUUCUUGCCACUUAAUAAAUUUAUUAUUAUUAAAGCAGCUUACCUAUCCCA